AUGGAUUAUCAAAACCGAGCCGGUUCCAAAUUCGGCGGCGGCGGUGUCGCCUCGCACAGCGCCACCAACGCCGACCGCCGCGAACGCCUGCGCAAGCUCGCGCUCGAACAAAUCGACCUCGACAAAGACCCCUACAUCUUCAAGAACCAUCUCGGUUCCUUCGAAUGCCGCCUCUGCCUAACCGUACACCAAAAUGACGGUUCCUACCUCGCCCACACCCAGGGCAAGAAGCACCAGACCAACCUCGCACGGCGUGCCGCCCGCGAACAAAAAGAAGGCAAAGGCGAAGUCGAUCCACACACCGGUCUGCCCGUGGGUGUUGUCGGCGCAGGGUUUGCCGCGUUGGGCCUGGGCGCCGGUGGCGGGCCACGGAAAAAUGUCGUCAAGAUUGGACGGCCGGGGUACAAGAUCACCAAAGUGCGCGAUCCGAUUACGCGCCAGCAGGGGCUGCUGUUCCAGCUGCAGUAUCCGGAUAUCGGCACGGGUGUCACGCCCAAGUGGCAGGUCAUGAGCGCGUUCAGCCAACGUGUUGAGGACCCCGACCGGAAUUUCCAGUAUCUGCUCGUGGCUGCGGAGCCGUACGAGACCUGCGGUUUUAAGAUCCCGGCGCGCGAGCUAGACAAGAGAGAGGACCGCCAGUUUGAGUACUGGGAUCCGGAUGCGAAGGAGUACUGGGUGCAGAUUAUGUUUAUGACGGAGCGUGAGGAGCGGUUUAAUGCUGCGCCGGGUCUGACGGGGAGGUGA